GUAACCUCUCAAAAUAAAUCGAAGACAUCGAAGUUGAUUUGAUUUUGUCGUUUUGUACUUUUGUCUAUGAGAAACAGAUAUCAAGAAAUGGUGCUGUCGUCAACGCAUCUUUAAAUUAAAAUUUAUUACAUUAUCACGCGGUGUAUACCUAACAUAUGUGUUAAAGUGUAAUCAAUUUAUUAAAGUUCAUCAUGGAACCGGCUAAUACCGGGACCGGUUCGCCUGGUCUGAUUGGUUCGGGACCUCUCAUUCCACCGAAUAUGCUUGGCGGCAUGGCACCACCAAUGCCUCAGUCUGUAGGCAUACCUGCCUCAGCAGUUGGGAUGCCACCUGUGCCUGGAAUACCUCCGAACAUGGCUGGUAUGCCGCCGCCGAUGGGUUUCCCACCUAUGAUACCACCUUUUUCAAUGCCUCCACCAGGAUUUCCGGCAUUUAAAGCUGAUAUGAAUGCACCUGCUCCAGAUGUUGCUCCGUUGGCCAACCAAAGCAGUCCUUGGUCUGAACACAAAGCUCCAGACGGGAGAACUUAUUACUACAACUCUGUUAGUAAACAAAGUCUUUGGGAGAAACCUGAUGAUUUGAAAACUCCAGCAGAAAAACUAUUAUCUGCAUGUGUUUGGAAAGAAUAUACGACAGAAGCUGGUCGUGUGUAUUACCACAAUAUAGAAACAAAAGAAUCCAGUUGGAUCAUACCUAAAGAGUUACAAGAAAUUAAAGAUAAAAUUGCUGCUGAAGAAGCUGCACAGGCAGCACUCAGUGCAGAAGUACCACCUGGAGAAGUACCCUUGCCAAUGUCCCCAUCAAAUCAGACUGGAAGUUCUGCCUUGGAUGAGGCAAUGGCUAAAACUCUUGCAGCUAUAGAUCCUAAUCUUGCUAAUUCUAUACCAAUACCAGAAGAAAGUAAACCUGAAGAAAUGAGUGUUCCAACACAAAACAAUGUAAUUGAGGUACCAGAAAAUCCACCAGAACUACAAUAUAAGGACAAAAAAGAAGCUAUUGAGGCUUUUAAGGAACUUUUAAAGGACAGGAAUGUGCCAUCAAACGCAACUUGGGAGCAAUGUGUAAAGAUAAUAUCUAAAGAUCCUCGCUAUGCGACUUUUAAAAAACUUAAUGAGAAGAAACAAGCAUUUAAUGCUUAUAAAACACAAAAGUUAAAGGAUGAAAGAGAGGAGCAAAGAUUAAAAACUAAGAAAAAUAGGGAAAACUUAGAAGAGUUUCUAUUAAGCUGUGACCGAGUGACAUCAUUGACUAAAUAUUACAAAUGUGAAGAAAUGUUCAACAAUCUUGAGAUAUGGCGCUGUGUUCCUGAAUCUGAUCGUAGAGAUAUAUUUGAAGAUUGCAUAUUUACAAUAACUAAGCGUGAAAAAGAAGAAGCCAAGGCUUUGAAGAAACGCAACAUGAAAAUGUUGGCACAGGUGUUGGAGAAUAUGAGUGAAAUAACAUACAGUAGUACCUGGAGUGAAGCCCAGGUGUUACUACUAGAAAACUCUGCAUUUAAGAAUGACGUAAGCCUAUUAGGCAUGGACAAAGAAGACGCACUUAUUGUGUUUGAACAACACAUAAGGAAUUUAGAAGCAGAAUAUUUACAAGAACGGGAACAAGUUAAAAAGCGGAACAAGAGACAGCAAAGAAAGAAUAGAGAUAAUUUCUUGGUUUUACUGGAUACUUUGCAUGAAGAAGGUAAACUUACCUCAAUGUCUUUAUGGGUAGAAUUGUACCCAGUUAUAUCAGCUGAUAUGCGGUUUUCAGCUAUGCUUGGACAGAAUGGCUCUACGCCAUUAGAUUUAUUUAAAUUCUACGUAGAAAAUCUGAAGGCGCGUUUCCACGAUGAAAAGAAAGUAAUUAAGGAGAUUUUGAAGGAAAAAAGCUUUGAAGUUAAACCUGACACUACUUUUGAAGAGUUUGCCACUGUUGUUUGUGAGGACAGCAAGUCAGCAUCUCUCGAUGCAGGCAAUGUCAAGCUCACUUACAAUUCAUUACUUGAAAAGGCUGAAGCCCGAAACAAAGAAAAGAUGAAAGAAGAAUCGAAAGCAAUGAAGAAAAUAGAAAGUGCCUUUAAAUGGGCAUUGACAGAAGCAAAUAUAGACCAUCAGUUGUCAUGGAAUGAGGUCAAGGAGAAGUUAGAUCUGACUGCGCCGGAGUUCGCGGCCGUACCGUAUGAAGAAGAUAGAGUUCGGAUAUACAAAGAUUUCCAACAUGAACAGGAGGAAAGCUGUUUACAUUACCAUCAUCCGAAAUCCAAGAAAGCAAAGCGCUCCAAGAAGAAGAAACGCUCGCAUUCUGCUUCAUUGUCCAGGUCGCGGUCUCCGUCGCCCAUCCAAAUUGCUCGCUCGCCGUCGCCAGCUCCCAGCCACGGCACAUGGACUUCGGAUGAAGGCAGAAAACACAAGAAGUCAAAGAAGAAGCAUCGCAAGCACUCCCCAUUACCUAAAUCUCCGACUCCCGAAGAGGGUGGUAUAACAGAUGACGAAGCAAUUCGCCACAAGAGUAAGAAGUCGAAGCGUAGUGCUCCUAGCAGUCCUGAGGAGGAGACGCACGAGCUCCCACAUAAACCCAAGAAGAAGAAAGAUAAGAAGGAAAAGAAAGAUCGGUCCGCCGGAUCGACAGCGUGGAGUGAUGCGGAACUGGAGUCUCGUCGCGCCGCCUUGCUGGCCCAACUGCAUGAACACGAGGCAGACUGACGUCGCGUUACCCACAUACAUAUCUUCAACGACUAUCCCAAAGCGCCGGCCGCGACCACUGCCACGGCUACAACCUUCGCCACGGCCGCGGCUACCACCACUGCCACGGUGACAGCCCUAACUACUGCCACGGUCACAGUCACGGCGACGGUUUCAGCCACGGCAUCCACCUCGACUGCAACUACACCGCUGUCUGGCUCACCUCAAGAACACAUAGAAAUCGCCGAAGUUGAAGACUCCCAAUAUAACUCAGACAAUUUUUCAGAAUCAUAAGUCCAAAGUGAUACCAUGAAACUUUCCGUUUUACAAUACAUACAAAUUUCUUUUAUAAAAAAUAUAAUAUACUAGAACUUAUAAUGAUUACUGAAUGUAUCUUAGUUGCUACCUAUGACGUGUGAUAAUUCCUGCUGUUAUAGUAAAAUCUUUGCUCAACAUUUUCUCAUAAGAUUUUAGUAUGCAAAACCGAUGAUAUAAAAUUUCCUGCACAUUUAUAAUGUAAUUAUUAAAUGUAAUAUGUGUGAAGAACAGUAAUACACUGGCUUAGAAAUUAAGUUGUUCUUGUUAUUGAUAUUACGAUUGUGGAUUAGGUUUUCUUUCCGAGUAAAGUGUGUUUGUGCAACCUAGUGGCACAAACUACAGUUUUGAUAAGAAGGAGCAUAGAAAGCGAAAAGUAGUAUUGAGAAAUGUUCUUUGCUGGUAUAUUCCAUAUAAAAACAUUAGAAUAUUAGACACAAUGAAGAAAUAGAACUAAUAGGAAUGCUGAAUAUGUAUUGUAUCCAUCAGCAAAAAUAAGUCACCAAUGGGUGUAAAAUAAUAAGUACUAUAGCAAAUCAGCAGCUUUAUAUAUUUGGAUACCGUGGCUAUUUUAAAUCUUAAUUUAUAGAUAAUUAUGGCAUUAAAUGUAAAAUGUCAAAAAUAUUUUAUUUUGGUGCACAAUCAAAAUAAUCAUCUUACUUAUAAGUAUGGUUUAGUGUAAUAUGAUAUUUCUUUAAAAUACCUAAAUAGGAAUAACUCUUUAAAAAUAUUUAGUAUUUAUAUGUAUAUUGAUUAGUUAUAAUGACUAUGGUUUUUGCCCUCGGCGAAUUAAUUGUUUAUAAGAAAAUAUGUUUCUUAAUAAUAAUAUUAUGAGGGAAUAUAAAUGUUCAGCCGGGUAGCUUUGCUACAAAAUAAUUUUAACGUCCGUAAAAAGAAGUUCUGUGUGAAAAUAAAUUUAAAGGGCAUAAAUUGUACUUUUAUUGUAGCAUGUA